AGGGGCACAGACUGGUUUUGCAGAUGAAUCUCUGACAAACAACAGACCAGGAAAUAGAUAAUUCAGCUUUCUGUGCUUUUCUCGAGGACUGUUGUGGAUACCUCCUGGCCAACACCAUGGAUAACUUCCAGCUUGUACUGCGUUUCUUUAUGAACCAAAAAGCCAUGGUUGGUUACAGUUUUAUGGCAAUCCUAACUAUAGGUGGGGAGCGUGUUUUCUCCAUGGUUUCGUUUCAGUGCCCAUGUAACCAUGAUCAGAAUUUCACUUAUGGCCUGACUUUUCUACUGGGUCCAGCUGCAGUGCUUUUGGUUUUCGGUCUCUUUUUCAGCACCAGGCUGUGGAGGCUUUACACUGGCUGCUGCCUUAACCCCAUGAAGCUUUGUCCUCGUGGGAACUGCUUUGGCUGUUUCAGGGUGUUAAUGAGCAUUUUUACUAGCGCUUGUGUGGCUCCUAUUAUGUGGUUGUGUGUGGCCUUGCUCAAUGGGACCUUUUAUGAAUGUGCCAUAAGUGGUCUUGAUGAAAACCUGGUUGUGGAUUUGUUCUGUAAAAACAAGACGUUGAAGUGUCGGGAGGAGCUCGCCAGGGUGCCCUGUGAUCGCUCCAAACUCUCCAGUGAUGAACGAAUGGAGCUCCUACUGAUGUUCAGGGCUCAGUCACAAAUCUUGGGCUGGAGCAUCAUAAUCUUUACUGCCAUUAUAAGUCUUUUGGGUACCUGCUUCAAAAACUGUCGCUCCCAGGUGAGCUACCUGCAGCUUUCAUUCUGGAAGCAUUAUAUUGAAAAAGAGAAGGAGCGCUUUGAUGCCUUCACUGUGGACUAUGCAACUAAACUGGCUGAGAGAAACCUGCAGAGCUUUUUUGAGAACAAAAUACCCAAUCCCAUGCCAUUUCCAAACCACAAGGCAUGGGAGGAGAUAUCUGAAUACUACACUUUUUCGAGGACUGAACAGUAUUACAGUACUCUGCAGCGCUACGUUGAGAGGACAGACAGAGAUUUUUCACCAGAAAAAAGACCUGUCCUGGACAUUGAGCAUGGGAUAGAGAUGACCUAAGCAACACUCAACUGGAAGGGAAAACAGUUUGUUCAAACCAGCCAAUGCUUUUCCCUUGAUCCCCAGUAUCUGAGGACAGGAGAAUUAGUGACUUUCGCUGGUGCUGUUUCCGUGCUACGAUGAGCUCUGAAACCUGACUGAAACUCAAACUGAUAAUUGCUGUGUAAAUGCUCACACACUUGAUUAGCAACUAUUUUCUGAAGACGUUUAGAUAAGAAUGGAAGAUUGGAUAUAGGUUUGUAAUUUAUUAAGUCAUCUCGAUCAAGCGAAGGUUUCUUCAGUAAAGCUUUAACUACAGCUAUCCUAAAAGCCUGUGGUACAUAUUCUCAGAAUUAGGUGAGAUCUUUCCAUGUAAUCCAUGAAACAAUUAUUAAAUGAUCACAGUUAAAGCAAUAAAAAUGUAAAAUGAGUAAAUGUUAACAUUCUGAGACUGAAAGACUGAAGAGGCCUGCAUGGUAUCAUAUAUUAACCAUCUUAUCUUUUACAGAGGUACAACUAUAAGUAGAAUUAAUGAAAUAAUGUCUGAAAAUUUCCUACAUUACUAGAUGUAGUUAGUGAUAGUUGACUAUUAAGUUAAAACAUAUAAAAAUUGUAAUAUGACUGAGUUUUAUGAUUGUGAACUGAUGAUUAAAAAGCAUUGUGGUUUAGAAACUAUUAAUCAACUAUAUAUGAAAGAGAUAAAAUGUUAAUCAGUUGUGAUGUAAGAAUAAAAAGAAUGAAGUGAUGGUUUUUAACUGUAACUGAAAUAAAAGCAAAAAGCAAAACCGAGGAACCGAG